AUGAUCCCGUUAAGAACGGCCCUUAGGUGUAAGGGAUCCGAGCGUCCCAGGGGUCUCUUGGCAGCACGAGGGGGUGCCGAUGGAGGGCCAGACGGAUCUGGUCAGUGUGACGAAGGCAAGUGCGGGAGUGUGGGCCACGUGAAUGUGAAUCACGUGUCAAGGGUCGACUGGCGGCUGCCAGACGACGAAGUCAGUGAGACGAUGAGCGAGCGGUGGUUGUACCUGAGACCAUCUGACCGCUCCUCGAAGAGCAAGGCGGAACUGUAUCUGGGUACGCACGACCGGUUGGGGCUGCUCAGUUCCGAAUCUGCGCAGUUGGACACAAGUGCGCAUGGUGCAGACCCGGGAAUUGCGACCGAGCCGGGCACAGUGCUGGCGACAGACGAGAAUGAGUGA